GGCGCGCCAGUCGUGCGACAUCCGUCACUUACGGCCGGAGCGGUUCGUGCUGGGAGUUGGUGGCGCGGUGCAGGGCUCUUAGGAACGAACGGCUUGGGCGCGGACUAGUAUCCGGGGACUGUGACUUGCAGGGUCCGCCAUGGAGCCGGAGCAGAUGAUGGAGGGACAGACGCAGGUUGCAGAAAAUCCUCACUCUGAGUACGGUCUCACAGACAACGUCGAGAGGAUAGUAGAAAAUGAGAAGAUUAAUGCAGAAAAGUCAUCAAAACAGAAGGUGGAUCUACAAUCUUUGCCAACUCGUGCCUACCUGGAUCAGACUGUUGUGCCUAUCUUAUUACAGGGACUUGCUGUGCUUGCAAAGGAAAGACCACCAAAUCCCAUUGAAUUUCUAGCAUCUUAUCUUUUAAAAAACAAGGCACAGUUUGAAGAUCGAAACUGACUUAUUGGAAAGAACAGAAAAAUUUGGUUGCUACUGUAGAUUUACAUGAUUAAGAGGCAGCUUUAAUUGCCAUGAUUAUUUCCCUUUUUUGGAGUAUAAGAAUCUUCAGGACAACAGAACUCAUUUCCGGAGUUGCAGAAGAGAACACAUUUCCCUUAUUUUGAUUUAAUCAUCAUACUUAUUUAAUAAGCAUAUUCUGUGCAAUUUUUUCUCAGAUGUCUUUAACUUUGUUUUUAAAAUGACCUUGAAAAUAAACUGUCAAAACACCA